AUGGCUCCAAAAGCAAAACCGAGAUCAAAGAGACUGCAGGCGAUCGAAGAGAGAGCAGGUGUUCACGCUGGAAGCUCAUCGUCGCCAGGGUCAGUGCUGGAGAUUCUCUCGAACGAGGAGCGCUCGCGACUGCAGCUGUUGGUCUACACUACUGGCGAUCCCUCGACCACGGCGAAUCACAUCCGUAGGUUCGAGAAGCUGGACUGCGGUGAAGUGGGUGGCCUUCAGGAUCAAGUUGCAGCUGCCGCCGUUCGACGCAGCUCCUCUGAAAACGCUUGUGAGAAAGAUUUCUUCGACAAAUGUGGCAAGCCGUUCAAGGAGGCCAUCCCCUACCCGAUACCGAUCGUCAGCACGAUGGAGGAGUUCGUGAUGCUUGACAAGUUCAAUGAGGCAGAGAUCUUCUGGAUCCUGCGCAUGCUCUUCGCCUCCUUGCGGUUCGACGAGGCGAUCCACGUCAAGGCGCGCGAGUUGGACUUCAAAGAGGAGGGCUUGUUCGGAGUCUCUUGGCAGACCAAGACAAGGAGAAAGAGGAG